UUAGGGCGAUCCUCUGUUAUGAGCAAGUAACCAGCUACCAUGUAUUUGAGGUUGAAAUAUUCACAAUAGAGUGAUGAAACCUCAUUUUUGGCGGAAAUUAAAAGGGAUAAAAUACAUUUAAGUAGAUUUGACGAGUGCCGCACAAUUAGAUGGAUUCCGCGCAACUGGGAUGUAUCUAGAAGUCUUUGUCGGGAUAACACGGACCCCUCCGAAUGCUGUUAUUCAUGCAGUCUCAGACUAGGAGGAUUAUUUCGUCUGGUUAGCCAACUAGCUAGUCAGCUAGCUCGCUAAUGUUGGCUUGCCAGAGGUUGGUUCACUGGCUGGCCGGUAAGCGUGAACUGUGUCAUACCAAAAGGACAAGAUAACUAUUUUAGAAUUAUCUUUGUCCCGUGAAGAAGCACGCUGCAGAGACCCCCUAAUUAGGCGUUAGCUAGCUGUCCAGCUAGCUAGCUAGCUAGCUAACAUCCUCACACGGGACUGCUCAAUACAAGUAGUAGCUAGCUGACGACGAGCUAACUACCACCCCCACACGCCAUCGACAACAAAAAAAUCAAGAGGGCCAUGUCGUCCACGCCAGCUGGACCGCCGUCGGUGGACAAGGUGGACGGCUUCACCCGCAAGUCCGUGCGGAGAGCCCGGCAGAGGAGGGCCCAGAGCUCCUCUCAGUUCCGCACUCAGGACAAGCCCAUUGAGCUGACCCCCUUACCACUGCUCAAAGAUGUAUCAGCUCAGGAGCAGCCGGAGCUGUUUGUCAAAAAGCUGCAGCAGUGCUGCGCUCUCUUUGACUUCAUGGACACGCUGUCCGACCUCAAGAUGAAGGAGUACAAGCGCUCCACGCUCAACGAGCUUGUGGACUACGUCACCGUCAGCCGCGGCUACCUGACCGAACAGACCUACCCUGAAGUGGUCAAGAUGGUGUGCUAUAACAUCUUCCGGACUCUUCCUCCCAGUGACAGCAAUGAGUUUGACCCCGAGGAGGACGAGCCCACACUGGAGGCCUCCUGGCCUCACUUACAGCUGGUCUACGAGUUCUUCAUCCGCUUCCUGGAGAGCCAGGAGUUUCAGCCCAGUGUGGCCAAGAAGCACAUAGACCAGAAAUUUGUCCUGCAGCUGCUGGAGCUGUUUGACAGUGAGGACCCUCGGGAGAGGGACUGUCUGAAGACUGUGCUGCACAGAAUCUACGGCAAGUUCCUGGGCCUGCGUGCCUUCAUCCGCAAACAGAUCAACAACAUUUUCUUAUGUUUUGUCUACGAGACGGAGCACUUCAACGGUGUGGCUGAGUUGCUGGAGAUCCUGGGCAGUAUCAUCAAUGGCUUUGCCCUUCCACUGAAGGCCGAACACAAGCAGUUCCUGGUCAAAGUCCUGCUGCCACUGCACACUGUCAAGAGCCUGUCACUCUUCCACGCACAGCUGGCCUAUUGUAUUGUACAAUUCUUAGAAAAGGACCCAACGUUAACAGAGCCAGUAAUCAGAGGCUUGCUGAAAUUCUGGCCCAAAACGUGCAGUCAGAAAGAGGUGAUGUUUCUGGGCGAGUUGGAGGAGAUUCUGGACGUGAUCGAACCCACCCAGUUUGUCAAGAUCCAGGAGCCACUCUUUAAGCAGAUCUCCAGAUGUGUGUCCAGCCCCCACUUCCAGGUGGCAGAGCGUGCACUCUACUACUGGAACAACGAGUACAUCAUGAGUCUGAUCGAGGAGAACUCCAACGUCAUCCUGCCCAUCAUGUUCGCUAGUCUCUACCGCAUCUCCAAAGAGCACUGGAACCCGGCAAUCUCUGCUUUAAUCUACAACGUGCUCAAGGCCUUCAUGGAGAUGAACAGCACUUUGUUUGAUGAGCUUGCCGCUACCUACAAAGCAGAUCGCCAAAGGGAGAAGAAGAAGGAGAAGGAUCGCGAGGAGCUAUGGCGACAGCUGGAGGAGCUGGAGCUGCGGAGGGCCAUCCAGAACAGCGACGCCUCCUCCUCCUCCUCCUCCUCCACCUCCACCGCCACUGCCGCCCCAGUCAUCCCCACCUAACACCGCAGCGGCAGCGGUGCCCUGCCCUCAGCCUUCCUCCACCCUCCUCUCCCUCACCUUCAGCUCCUCCGCCUCCCAACCAACAGGGAGACGAUGGAGGAAAGGGAGAGAGAGAGAGAGAGAGAGAGAGGGGGGGGGGAGGGAGGGAGGAAGGAAGGAAGGAAGAGAGAGAAAGAAACGUCUCCCCUCAUACCUUGCUCCUUACUUUACUGUAGAGUUCCACUGCACUCACAUCAACCCCCCCACACACCCCCUUUUUGAUUUUGUGUCUCAAUAGCACUGUAAAUAUUUUUAUCCUCUUGUUUUAUCCUCCUGAUUACAAUUACACUGAAAGGAAAAUGAAAAUUACCAAAAAAAAGAAGGAACCACAUUGAAAAAAAAAUACAACUUAACAAGCUAAAGAAUUGUGUAUACCUGUGGGGAGAAGAGACUUGAAAUGCACUCCAUUUGGGGUAUUUUGUUUUUAUUUUGGAGUCUAGUAAAAAGCGAGUGAUGAAAUGAAUGAUUUUACUUGUAAGAAGAUAAUCAGCCUCGAUGGAUCGAUGUCGGGGAUGGCCUCUUACUGUCUCUUUUUGUUUGUCUUUUGUUGAAUUAUUUGCAAAGAAAGGGACAGAAACCUCCUCCUCUUUCAAAGCCAGCAGCUACAAAGAGGAAUCUGAUGCCUCGCUCACCAAUUCUCCAAAAUGGCCUCUUGGCAAAGUUUUUUUUUUUUUUUUUGUCUCGUUUGUUUGUUUUCUGUCUAUUUCAACAGUAAACACAGACCUCUGUCCCUCCUGGGCUGGGCAACGAUAAACAGUUGAACAAAUCAAAGAAAGUGACGGAAGAUAACCGAUGUCGUCCUCGGUUGCUUUGCUUCCUUCACUCGACCAACGGCUCCGCUCCCUUCUGCGUCAGCAGACUUUUGUAAAGAACCAGCAUUUUUCUUCCGAAGACCUCCAGACCAACAGCACUUCUCACCUCACCUCUCCUCAACUCCACCCCACUUUGAGUCCUCAACCGUAUCCACAUCCAUGGUUGGUGCUAGUCAGGCACUGGCAUCUUCCCGGCCAACUUCGAAAUAAGGUUUCUCCACCCCCCCAAACCAAUCGCACCUGGGUUUCCUCCCUCGUCCCCUGAAGGAGUUUUAUUUUUCUAUAUAUGUUGGAGAAAAGAAAAAAACAAUAACAGCUAGGCAGUGACCUGGUUUGUGUUCUAACAUGUUAAUCCUUAUCCCUCAUGUGGGAGAUCCCUGACAACUCCAUAGAUAUGUGGAUGUGUGUGUGUGUAAUCACCCUUUACACAUUUGAGAGCUGUCCCUGCAGCCCCCUCCAACCAGACAGGGGGGCCCUGUGGUUGACAUGGACUCUUAACGAAUCUGGGCGGUGCAUAGUGUGUUAUUCGCAAUUCCUUUCAAUAGUGUUUUCUAAGAUGGACUUUUCAAAAGCUUAGAGGUCGGGGAGGGAGUCCUUUCUAGAGGCUAGGUCUACAUUUGAAUUGUCUCAAGGGGGCUUGGCUCUUGCCUGACUAGUGAGUUGACCAGUUCCUUGACUGGUCUGUUUGUUGUCCCUUCAUGAAACCCUCCAGGGUGAUGGACAGAAGAAAAGCCAGCAUAGUAGGGGGACCACCAGGACUUGGGUUUGGAGAUGGUUGCAUCAUACCGCAGAAGUCCGUAAACCAGAUGUAAAAUGAUAAUUAAAUACGGGGAGCCAGUGUUUUGCAAGGAAGAGUGUAUGAGAGCACUUAACAUUGAAUGGUAUCCAGCAUAUUUUGAGAGAUUUCUUUUUUUUUGUCUUUCCUGAGGGAUGUGGUGUUUCAAGGAAAGAAAACGAAAACAAACAAGUUUUAUUUUAUUUUUGUGUUUUAUUUUAUUUUUUUUGUAACAGAGAGUGUGUGUGUGUGUGUGUGUGUGCGUGUGUGUGUGCGCCCUCACUUCAGCUCAGUUUUCAGUCUUACUCCUUUGUUUC